CUCAAGCCAGAGGAAGAAGCUACUGUGUUAGAUGCACUCACAGAAUGUACAUGUCAAGGAUUCCCUUGGACCCAUGAACGGCUUCGGGAUAUAGUCAACAACAUUAUCCAUACUUGUGACCCAUCAUUUGAGGGUGUUGGUCAUAACUGGACCAGGCAGUUCCUCCUUUGUAAACACAACAUCCUGCAGACAUCAUGGAUGCCAAAGCUAGAGACAGUUUGUGGACAGGCUGUCAAUCCAACUACACAUGCAGCGUGGAUGGAGCUCUUAGGCAACACCAUCCGGGAACACAACAUCACUAAGAAACUCAUCUACAGUUCUGACAAGGUAGGGUUUAACCCUGCACUGUCCGGGUGUGCAUGUGCUAUUGGCAUUUGUGGAGCUGGUGGAGUCUAUCAGCAGCAAGCUGGAAAGCGAGAAACAAUCACAGCCAUAGCCACCAUAUGUGCAGAUGGAACAUUGCUGCCUCCAGCUGUCAUCUUUAAGGACAAGGAUAUCAGGUAUCAUGGAACAAGAACAACCCCCUGCACACAUUGUAAAAUUGGCUACUCAAAGAAGGGGUGGAUCAAUGGUGAAGUAGGGAAGGCAUGGAUCCAGCAGUUUGAUGAAUUUACAAAAGAGAAAGCCAACAGACACGCAAGGCUUCUUCUUGUUGACGGACACAACUCACACUACACCGAGGGCUUCAUUGCGCAUGCUCGACAGACCAACAUUCACGUCCUCUGCUACCCCACUCACUCAACUCAUGUAUACCAAGGGUUGAAUGUUGUCGUCUUUGCUCAGCUUGAGAACACAACAACACACCGGGCAAGGUGA